CUGUUUGUUUUUGAUUGGCUGAAAAUUUUCAGGAAAAUCAAAUUCCUUUCAAAGGGAAUUUAUUUGAUUUCUGUGCGUCGGAUAAAUCGUAUGGUAUAAAGUCAAAAGUGAAUUAAAUACAUUUCAAGAUGGCUUUAUUUAGCCGUAAAAUAUACCUAUUGGGUGCCUUUCUGGUGUUAGUGAAUACAUUGAGUGUGGUGCACGCUGAGGAGCCAAAGGAUAAGGAUGGGGACGACGAGGCGACUGUGGAGACUGUGGAAGAAGAAAACCUAUACCAGAGCCCUAAAAUAAGCCCCGAAAAAGUGUAUUUAGCUGAACAUUUUGAUGAUGCAGCUGCCUUCAAAAAGAAGUGGGUGAAGUCUGAAGCAAAGAAACAGGGUGUUGAUGAUAAUAUUGCCAAGUAUGAUGGCAAAUGGGAGAUUCAACAACCAAGCAGAAAGAUCUUCAAAGAUGACUUGGGUCUGGUGUUAACAACUGAAGCGAAGCAUGCGGCCAUAGCAACUCUAUUGGAGCGGCCAUUUGAAUUCAAGAACAAACCUUUCAUUGUCCAGUAUGAAGUCACUAUGCAGGAAGGCCAAAACUGCGGUGGUGCGUACAUCAAGCUCUUAUCCCGCGGCACCAACACUCGGGCUGACCUCCGCAAGUUCUACGACCAGACUCCUUACACCAUCAUGUUUGGCCCAGACAAGUGCGGCAACGACAACAAACUGCACUUCAUCUUCAGACAUCAGAACCCCAAGACUGGUGCCUAUGAAGAGAAGCAUAGCAAGAAGCCUACUCAACGUCUGGACGAAAUAUACAAGGACAAGGAACCUCACCUCUACACGCUCAUUGUACGACCAGACAACUCGUUCAGCAUUCUCAUUGACAACAAGGAGGUCAACGCUGGAUCUCUAUUGGAAGACUUCGCGCCGCCUGUCAACCCACCAGAAGAAAUUAACGACCCUAAUGAUAAGAAACCCGAGGAUUGGGAUGAGAGGGAAAAGAUUGUUGACCCAACUGCGAAGAAGCCAGAGGACUGGGACGAGGAUGCGCCGGCGCAGAUCAUUGACCCCAACGCUCUCAAACCCGAUGGCUGGCUCGACGAUGAACCUGAGAUGAUUCCUGACCCUGAUGCUAAGAAGCCCGAGGAUUGGGACGAGGAUAUGGAUGGUGAAUGGGAGGCUCCUCUCAUUGACAACCCAGUGUGUAGCUCCGCUCCAGGAUGCGGCAAGUGGAGCCCUCCUACCAUUCCCAACCCCAACUACAAGGGUAUCUGGCGCGCUCCCCUGAUCACGAACCCUGACUACAAAGGCAAGUGGAAACCACGUCGCAUUCCCAACCCGGACUACUUUAAGGACGAAACGCCAUUCCGUAUGACGCCUAUUCAUGCCGUCGGCUUCGAGCUAUGGUCGAUGUCUCCAAUGCUUUUGUUCGACAAUCUGAUCAUUACGGACGACCUGGCCGUUGCUGAAGAAUGGGCUCAGAACACCUUCGCACUUAAACGUGCUAAGAUCUCCAGGGAUUCGGACUCUGUGUUCGACCGCGCGAUGAGGUUCGCUGGCGACAACCCUUGGGUAUAUGCCUUGCUCAUUGUUGUCACCUUCUUGGUCGUCGGACUUGUGGCCUACGCCUGCUUCGGAUCUAAGUCGGAUUCUGACGCCGACAUGAAGAAGACGGACGCGGUGGUUGAGGAUGAUCCUCACCUGUCUGAAGGUGAAGCUGAAGCUGAGGAGGAACUCAAGGAGGAAGCUGAGAGGCCCAGCAAGGCCGACCUUGAGGGGCCAGAGGUUGAUAACGAUGAUGCUGAAGUUAUCACUACCACUGAAGAAGUAGCUGACACUACACCAUUAGUGGACACAGAGGGCGCCGGUGACGGACAAAGGAAACGCAAGCCUCGUCGGGAGUAAAUGUAUAGAUGUAAUACGUGUGUGUGUGUGUGUGUGUGAGUGCGCUGUCAUAGUGUGUGUAGCGAGCGGUCGUUGUCCACUAGUGACGUCACAGGCUAGUGACUACACUUCCAAUGUUGAGCUUGGUAAGAACUUCAGUACUAUAACAAAUCUUUACUAAAACAAACAACCAAAGAGUUGUGAAGACCAAAGCUAGAUAUAAAAUUAACAAGCACUGCUAUAGAGCAUUACACUGUAACAAUAUUUUAUUAAUAAACAAAACGUUAAAAUUACAAUGUUUCAUUAUUUUAUGAAACAAAAUUUCAGUGUCAUAUUUCAAGGUACUUGUAACUCCCAGCUCAACAUUAAAGUGCAUAUCUGCCUUCUAUAAACCUUCUAUGUAGUUAAGCUAUGUUUAGUCUUAUAUAAUAUAGAAAAUUAUAUUCUCGUCUGUCUAUCACGCCCGUAAUACUUGUAUUUCGUGGCAUCCUUGUAUUUAAGGAGUAAUAACUUGAUAUUUAUACUAUCAUAGUAUACUAAAUGUUCUGCUAUUUUAAUACAAUACAGAAUUCAAAGGUAUUAAUAAUAUAUUUAGGCAAAUUGUAGCAAUAAUUUAUUUGAGAAAAUAUGGGUAACGCUAAACAUCUCUAUGACCAAAUUAUUUAUAAUUGCUUCUUGGUAUAAAUACAUUAAUAUAUAAAGUAAUAAUGCUAAUUAUUCCCUUCUUAUUUUUAUUAUAUAAUCACUUGUAACUUAUUUUCUGCACCGCCAAAGAGCUUCAGCCGCCCUUUAUUUUAACUUGUGACCAAUUUAGUGAACAAAUGUUAAGAAGAGGACUUAUGUUACAUUUUUUACGAUUUACAAACGAACAUUGUAUUCAGCGGUCGGUAACACAAGUCGAGUCGUGACACGAAUUCUGUAGCCGAUCGUCUGAAGUUUAACUUAGCUGGCACUGUGUGCUCAAGAUUUUGUUAUGAAUUUCGUUCAUAAAUGUUAUACAUAAUAAAUGUGGAAUAUAAUAUAAUGUGGAAUAAGUAGUUUAAUUUGUAUAAUUUUCUCGUUGAUUCCGGGUUUCUUGUGGAAGCAUUGUAUGUAUAUAAUUUGUCGGCUUGUAUUAAUGUUAGACGCAACUAAACAUUUUUGUACGAUUCCUUUCUGCAUUUUACUUAUGACUUGUACAUUUAGAUAGAAAGAAAACAUGCUUGGUCUCUAGUAUUAACUUCAUAAUAUUUGUAUGUUAUAUACAUGAAUGUCAUGAUGGAUGAUUUACUUCACCUAUUAUAGAAGCGUCGUGCUCUUAAUAAACUAAUUUAUUUUAUGUUGUAUGCUGAGACAAUGUGCUGGCACUAGCGAGAACAAUAUAGAAUAUAGUGUUAAAUAAUAUAACCAAUAAAUGCUAAUUAAUAACAAAAAAUAUUUCGAACCUAAGCACUCAAUGUAAACAACUACAAAGAAACGUUUUGGCGGCAUCAAAUUAAUGUCAUUACUUUAGAACAAAUACCAUUGUAGAUACAAUGAUAUAACGAGCCCGAUCUAAAAUGGUGGGCUCACAGCAACAACUAAAUACUAGUUGAGCCAAGGAUACCCUAGGGGAUAAAUGCCCUGCGAAACACGUCGCCAGCGACGUUGAGUGGAGAAGCGCGACGUUGCCAGACUUUGGUCGACAUGUCUAGCAUCUUAUAAUAUGUCGAACGAAAUCGGCAGGCUUCGCGUGAUACGUCAUGUCAUGGGACAUUGUCCCCGAAUGUAUCCUUGGCUUAAAUAUUCUUUGGAAAGUAACAUUUCGUAUAUUUAAAGUUCUUUUGACCUCCUGUGAGCCUUGCCUACAUUCUCGCAAUACCUACGGUUGUUUAGGGCAGCUGUAUUAUAGAAUACGUCUCGAUGCUUUUAUUUUCCUAAGUACGACUGUGUGAUACGUGAAGUUAAUGGACUGUAAUUUAUAUGGAUAAUAAACUGAAUAAUUUUUAA